AUGGAAGCAGGCGGAGGCAGCGAGGGAACAACAGCGACGACGCCAGGGUUCGCGGCCAAGACACAAGCCCAAAAGACAGCCCCCCAAAAAAUGUUGGGGGGGGGGCACACGGAGUGGUCGGUGAUGCUGAGGGGUGAGUCAGAGACCGAGGAGGAAUAUUGGGACAGAUUGAGCGAGGAGUGGGCGGCGAAAGUUGAGGGGAGUGAACCAGAGCCACCGUGGGGAGCGUGUGACCGACUUGGCUCUGUCAUAUCCUCACAUGGUCUCUCCUAUCAUUGCUAUGCAGACGACACACAAUUAAUCUUCUCCUUUCCCCCUUCUGAUAACCAGGUGGCGAAUCGCAUCUCUGCAUGUCUGGCAGACAUAUCAGUGUGGAUGACGGAUCACCACCUCAAGCUGAACCUCGGCAAGACGGAGCUGCUCUUCCUCCCGGGGAAGGACUGCCCGUUCCAUGAUCUUGCCAUCACGCUUGACAACUCCAUUGUGUCCUCCUCCCAGAGCGCUAAGAACCUUGGCGUGAUCCUGGACAACACCCUGUCGUUCUCAACCAACAUCAAGGCGGUGACCCGUUCCUGUAGGUUCAUGCUCUACAACAUUCGCAGAGUACGACCCUGCCUCACACAGGAAGCGGCGCAGGUACUAAUCCAGGCACUUGUCAUCUCCCGUCUGGAUUACUGCAACUCGCUGUUGGCUGGGCUCCCUGCCUGUGCGAUUAAACCCCUACAACUCAUCCAGAACGCCGCAGCCCGUCUGGUGUUCAACCUUCCCAAGUUCUCUCACGUCACCCCGCUCCUCCGCUCUCUCCACUGGCUUCCAGUUGAAGCUCGCAUCCGCUACAAGACCAUGGUGCUUGCCUACGGAGCUGUGAGGGGAACGGCACCUCCGUACCUUCAGGCUCUGAUCAGGCCCUACACCCAAACAAGGGCACUGCGUUCAUCCACCUCUGGCCUGCUCGCCUCCCUACCUCUGAGGAAGUACAGCUCCCGCUCAGCCCAGUCAAAACUGUUCGCUGCUCUGGCACCCCAAUGGUGGAACAAACUCCCCCACGACGCCAGGUCAGCAGAAUCAAUCACCACCUUCCGGAGACACCUGAAACCCCACCUCUUUAAGGAAUACCUAGGAUAG